AUGGCCCUGGCCUUGCUGGUCCAGUUUGCCCGUGACGUACAGCCCAGUCUAGAGCGGUCCGGCACAGAGCAGACAGAGGGCCUGGCUGAGCUGAGCCUCUUGGUGGUCGCCAUCCGAGACUGCUUGGUGCAUGGAGCUGGGUCGGAUGUUGGGUGUGACCCUGAGCCUGUCAACAGGAAGCGGGCCCUGCACAUCCUCACAGAGCUUGGACCCUGUGAGCUGGGAAUGAGUCAGCAGGAGUGGAAUGUGUUUUCAAAGCUCCUAGGAGUGUCAGAGGAGUACUCCCUGCACCUCUUCCAGGAGGGCUGGGGGAGUGUGGACGCACUGCAUCGCCCCAGGUCAGGUCCCGAGCCCUCCCCCGCCACCCCACCCUGCCUCCUCCCCUUUGACUGGAUGGCGGUGCUGUGGGGGCGCGGCUUCGCCCAGCCCAACCAGUCUGCGGGGCGGCAGGCCGUGCUUUCCUUCUUUGCCCGCGCCUGGGACCCGCCCUCCCUCUGCUCCGUGCCCGCUGCCUGGGCCGCCGGCGUGCUGGUCCCCGCCGUCGGGGCCCCGCACAUGGCCAAGGGGCGGGAUGCGGGUCGCGUCAGGGAGGGAAGCGCGGCGUGGGCCGAGGCGUGGGGCCAGGCCGCCGGGCGCGGCGCCGUGGCGCGAUUCGUGCAUGCCUCCCUCCGCGACGUGGCGAAUACGGACCUGCCCCGCUCGGCGGUGGCCGCCGCCGCCGCCAUGGCCCUGGCUGCGGUCCGGGGUAUGCAGCAGCGAGGAGUCUCAGCCGACCAGCAACAGCACCGCCAGGGCGGGGAUUAUUCUUCAGAGAGCAAUACGGGAGAGGACCUCGCGGCGUGUGCCAACACGUUGGAGGCCACCACGCUGCAAUCAGACAUGGACAAGGUGGAGCUGCUGGGCACCUGCGCUGACGUGGCGCACGCUCUGCGUGGCCAGGGCACCGGCCGCUUUGCGUUGGACACCUGGGUGGCCAUGCUGGGCGCCGCCGGCGCGCUGUGCGCGCUGCGCUCCGGCGAGGCGCGGCUGGCCGUCCCCGCCGCCGCCCUGCUGAGGGGUAGGCACGGCCAGGCCGUGCCUCCCAGCCGCCGCGUCGCCGAGCUGGCGAAUGCGUGGCUGGCCGGCGCGGCCUGGAGUUCCACGGCCGGCAAGGACCUGGCGGCCGAGGCCAGGAUCCUGGCCACCCUGGCGCUGCUGGUGCCUGACGCCGGCAUGGCCCUUGAGCCAUUGGAUGCAGCCCUGGCCUCUGCUGGGGCCCCUCCCAGUGUCUCAGGCUCUCGAAUGUGGCAGCUGCUGGCCGCUACCUUUCAGGCCUGCCCACCCGACCCAGGCGGCGAGAGUCCCCGGAGUCUACAUGCCUGGGCCCGGCAGGCCGCCCGCCGCUGCCUGACUUUGGCGGUGCAGGAGCCCCUGGAUGCUGGUGUGCUGCUCUGUCAGGGGGAGGAAAGCAAGAAAGAUGCCAGCGGCUGGCUCGCACGGCUGCAGUGCACCAUGCCGGCGCUGCAGCUCCUCCCCGAAGUGGAGGCGCCGGCCGACCGCACCGCCUGCCUGCAGCUGCUGCUGCGCACGCGCCACGACCUGAUGAAGUCGCUCGGUGAUACUCAAGCUGACGCGGAGAUGGGCAUUGCGCAAGCGAGCACGCUGGAUGCCCUGCUCGCGCUGGCCUGCCCACCCGACCCAGGCGGCGAGAGUCCCCGGAGUCUACAUGCCUGGGCCCGGCAGGCCGCCCGCCGCUGCCUGACUUUGGCGGUGCAGGAGCCCCUGGAUGCUGGUGUGCUGCUCUGUCAGGGGGAGGAAAGCAAGAAAGAUGCCAGCGGCUGGCUCGCACGGCUGCAGUGCACCAUGCCGGCGCUGCAGCUCCUCCCCGAAGUGGAGGCGCCGGCCGACCGCACCGCCUGCCUGCAGCUGCUGCUGCGCACGCGCCACGACCUGAUGAAGUCGCUCGGUGAUACUCAAGCUGACGCGGAGAUGGGCAUUGCGCAAGCGAGCACGCUGGAUGCCCUGCUCGCGCUGGUCACGUUGAGCGUCGUCCUUCCCCCCUCCUCCGCCUGCCUGGAGGCCCUGAUGCGGGUAACCCAGGUGUCCCUCCCCGAGUCCGCCCCCGGCCGGGACCCCGACGGCUGGAGGGCACGCGCUGCACCCCUUUCCACCUCCCAGCGCAGCGUGCUCAGCGCAUGGCGCGCCGCGGACGCCAUGCUGUCGUCCUCCGGACAGGCAGACCGGAGCGCGGCGGCCUGGGCACCCCCAGACUUGCUCACUCACACCCUCGCUGAGGCCGCAGCCGGGCUGGCGGCGGCGCCAGACCCCCAAGUCCUGCCUCUGCUGCGCAUAGCCAGGGCAUUGCUGCCGCUGGCGCUGGCUGGCAAGGCAGCGCCCUUGUGCCCGGAGUCCGAGGGUGCCUGCCACCUGCUGCCCUUGGUGUCGGCCCUAGCCCAGGGCGGCUUCAAGGCGCUGCGCCGGAGCUCGCGGAGGAAGACGGGACUGACGGCGGCGCUGGUGUCCACCUGCCUCCACCCAGACCUCUUUGACGUUGGCCGGUACCCCGGGGUGGCAUGCUUGCACGACCCCGCCACCGGCCCAGUCCACCACUUGAUCACACAACUGCUGGCAGCGGGGCGCCGCUCCUGCCGGAUGGCCAGCCUCACGGCCCUCCAGCUCGCGGGCUGCUGGUCCCUGCACCCAGCCUCAGCUGCCCACUACACCGACACGCUGCGCGAGCUGUGCCUGUAUGGCUUCGCGGACGACGCCACGGCGCUCAAUGGCGCCGACGACGCCGUGGUCGACCCAGAGACCCUGCUGGACCUGGCGGCGGUGCGGGCGCCGCCAGAUGGCACGCUGGCCGAAGCACAUGCCGCCACGGAGCUCGCGCCGCGCGUGGCCACGCUGUGCCUGCUCCACGCCUGGGUGCAGCAGGCGCAGCAAUUGGGGGAGGAUAAGCUGGCGGCGGACUCCCGCCGCGCGGGGCAUGCGGCCUGGGCGCAGCUCCUCCACCUGGCGCUCCACGACCCGGAGCUGUCCUCGCCCAAGUACCAAUUCAAGGGGACGACGCACCGGCGAAAGGCGAGUGCUGGUGGGGGGAUGGAGUUUGGGGUGCGGCUGUGGCAGGCCCUGGCUGUGCUCUGCCCCCUCAUCGUGGCGCAAAGUGGGGACCCGGCGCUGCUCGAGGAGGCACUGGACCAGGUCAUGUCGGCGCUGACGGUGACCAAAGCAUCCACAGUGAAGCAGUACCAGGAGGUGGUGGCAGUGGUACUGCUGCGGGCCACGCCCGAUGCCCCCACCGCACUGCGCGCGAGGGUGCUUUCUUUGCUGUGUGACUGCCGCACCAGCAAGCGGGACGACCUGCCCUCCCUCAUCCUCAUCGCCAGCCAGUUCCUGCUCCUGGAAGCCCGGCCCUUGAGGGAAAGUGCUGAGCCUGGCCCUGGUUUAGCAGCAGCUGCACCGCCUGGACCAAGCCUAGGGCAUAGCAGCGCAGGGGCUGCACCCCAAGCAACGGCUCUGGCCCGGGAGGUGGUCCCCGCCAUUGUGCCCUGGGCACUGAGCCACGUUCACCCCGUGCGGACCUUUGCCCAGCUCGCCCUCUGGCGGCUGCUGGAGACCUUUCCCCAGGUGGUAAACGGCGACCCUGCCCUCGUCACCAUGCUCGGCUUCUUUUCCUCCAACACCGACGUGCAGCGGCUGAGGACCGCCCUCGGCCUGGGGCAGGACCUGGAUUCAUUCGACCCUGAGAGGGCAACCUGUCCGGCCGGUGUCCUGUACAAGGGAGUAGCCCUGGCCGGGCGCUCCGAUGAGCUUUCCACCUUCGAGGGGGCUCUGGAACCCCUGGUGGACGCGAUUGCUGGCUUCCUCGUGGCCGAGCGGCUCAAGCUGCGGAUCGACAUGAAGGAUCGGCUGGAGGCCUCGGUGCAUGAAGAGUACUCCAGAGCCAGUGCCGGCAGGCCGUGCAUCCAGCCCAGCCAGCCCCCACCAGCCCCCUCCCGGUCUGCUGCCCAGCGCAAGAUCACCCCCGCCGGCCAGUCCGUAGUGGUGGAGGACCCCUGGGCUGCCACCCUGGGCUUCGCGCCCCUGGCACAGGGAUCCCUGGACGACUUCGAGGCCAAUGAGCUGGCGCCAGCGCUGCGCGAGGCGGGCAGGGCGGGCGCUGCACCGCGCCAGCGACUCAUCGUGGUGGCCAGCCUGGUGGACAAGCUGCCCAACCUGGCCGGCCUGGCUCGCACCUGCGAGGUGUUCAGGGCGACGGCACUCGUGGUGGCAGAUGCCAGCAUCGUGAGCGAGCCGCAGUUCCAGUCCAUCAGUGUCUCCGCAAACCUUUGGAUGCCCAUCCAGGAGGUGCCAGAAGUGGAGCUCGCGCCGUGGUUGCAGGAAAAGGCGGCGCAGGGUUGGACCUUAGACUUUGUGUGGCCGGAGAAGACGGUGCUGGUGCUGGGACGCGAGAAGGAGGGCAUCCCAGCGCACCUGCUGGCCCGGCUGCAGGCCACGGUGGAGAUCCCGCAGCUGGGCCUCAUCCGAUCCCUAAACGUGCACGUGUCGGGCGCCAUCGCUGCAUACGAGUUUACAAGGCAGGGUCUGGCGGGCAGGGCCUGA